ACGUGUAUAGCCAGCUACAAAAUCGAUCCAGUUAGCCUGCUUCUCGUACGUACGUGUGCAACUCGCCGGAGUCAGCUAGUUUGCUACGUGCGUGUCUCCAGCCUACUUCGUCGUUCGUCGCUCCGCCGGAAAGUAAUCAGCGGAUCACUGCGUCGACGUCGGGACCAGUGCCAACAAAGUUGGGGUUUAAGCGCUGGUGGAACAAAGUGCAUUUCUCAGGCACCACCACUCUGACAGCAAGUCUCAAGGACCUGCUGCUGGAAGCUUUGCCAAGAAUAGACGUCAAGACAUCAAGAGGCGUGAAGAUGCUGAGGAGCAGGGGGUUAAGCAAGACCCUUCCUAAAUGGAGCAGCUGGACUGCUAACGCGGACUUCGAAAAGAGCAUCCUUGUCUGGCACAUUGCAACUCAAGUUUACCUCUGGGAAUCGUCCAAGCUUGACGACCAACAUUCCACAGAAGAAGCAAGCAGUAAUAGACAGCAGCAGCUUGCUGAGGCAAUCAAGGUGAUAUCCGACUACAUGAUGUUCCUGCUGGUCGCCAAACCAGACAUGUUGCCUAGCAUUGCUCGCGCUGCCCAUAUUUGCAAAAGCGAGUAUGUCCAUAGCUGCAAGCUGUUGGAGCAUCUCUACUCAACUAAUCACUACCAUGGCUCCUCCGUCUCACAACAAACACAAGGGACCGCGCAGAGGAUUCUUGGCAAUUUCCGCAGCAUUCCAAAUCGAGAGAGCCUCGUCACUGAAAUGAUGUCCUUCACCGGACAUAUCGAUGGAUCUGCUUGUUAUUGCGGUCUUACACUUGCCGAGGAGCUUCUCCGGAUGGAAUCCAGCGCACCUGACUUGUUGGAGAUGGUGUUUGAAGUGUGGCUGCAGUUGUUGUGCCAUGCUGCCCACCAGUGUGCCCGAGAUUCGCAUCCCAGGCAGCUGAACACUGGCGGUGAGUUCAUUACGAUCGUGUGGCUUCUCACCCACCAUAUGGAGACAUUAGGCAACACGGAGGGACAAAACCGUACGAUGAGCCUCAACGUUACCGGCCCGGUUCCUCUAAACGGCCAUUUAGCACGUGUAAACACUAUUUGAACGCUACAUAAUGGUU